AUGUCCUCAAACGAAAAGCCCCAGCACCUUGAGCCGUCAAAGCUUGGCACAAAACAAUACUGGGAUGACCUUUACACGAAUGAGAUAACAAACCACGCCGCUGAUCCCUCCGACAUCGGAACUGUUUGGUUUGACGAUUCAGAUGCCGAAGCAAAGAUCCUUGAGUUCCUAGACGGUCUGCUUGACCCCUCUGACCCAGACUCGCCUGUCCUCUCCCACGACACCACCACCUUUCUCGAUCUUGGCUGCGGCAACGGUUCUCUUCUCUUCUCCCUGCGCGAAGAGGAUUGGUCUGCACGAGCUCUUGGCGUGGACUACAGCCCCCAAAGCAUUGCACUCGCGAGACAAAUUGCCACCACAAAAGACGACCUUGAGAAGCCUGUCGAAUUCGAAGAGUGGGAUCUUAUAGCUGGACCAUACAGCCCUGUCCUCAACGGCGAGCAGACCGAGGGCUGGGAUGUGGUACUGGACAAGGGUACCUUCGAUGCCAUCUCUCUAAGCGACGAGAAAGAUGCCCAAGGACGACGGCUAUGUGAAUGUUAUCGAGAGCGAGUGUUACCCCUUGUUCGAAAGGGUGGCGUCUUCUUGGUGACAAGCUGCAACUGGACCGAGACGGAGUUGAGAGGCUGGUUCGAAAAGACCAGCGAAGAAGGGUUCCAAGUCGUUGGCAGAGUUGAAUAUCGUUCCUUCAGCUUUGGAGGCCACAAAGGCCAAACAAUCAGUACGCUCUGCUUCCGCAGGGUAUAA